GUUUCCCAAUCCUGAAAAACUAAAUGGAAAGAACAAGGAAGCAUCAGCCACUACAAAAAACAAUGGCUUAACACACAGAUCCCAAUGCCAAUUCUUCUUCUUCUUCUAUUUUAAUUUCUCCUUUUUCCACUCCAAAAUUUAAUAUAUCAAUGGGGUGACAAAAUUUCUUGGUAGUUGAAUCCCCAAAUAAAUGCCCAAGAGAGAGAAACCCAUCAUUCUCUUCUCUAUAUAAAUGGAGGGCCCUUCUAUUGGCUGACUUCACAAAAGCCCCUUACAAAUCAAACAAAGAGAACAAAAGGGUUUUUUAGCAAAAGAAACGAAAAAGAGUAAAAUCCAACCAGAGAUCAAGAAGAUGAGUAGAAGCACUAAAGUUGUUACAAAAACCACCAUGGGAGAAGGCAAGAAGAAGGAGAAGAAAGUUUCAUGGAGAUCAAGAUCAUCUCUUGGAGGUUAUAUUAGAGAGCAAAAAGGAAGACUUUACAUUAUUCGAAGUUGCAUCGUAAUGCUUCUUUGUUGGCACGACUGACUUUGAUGUUCGUGUUGAUCAUUUUGCUGAAAAGGGCUUAUACUAAUAGAGAUAUUUUCGACCGCCCUGAUUGAGCUGAGGCUUUUUUCUCUUCAUUUUGCCAUCUUCAAAUGUAAAUAGCAGAGAGAGAGAGAAAAAAUGGUGGUGCUUCUCUUUUUGAUUUCAUAGGGAAGAGUGGUGUUAGAUUCUAGUUUUAGUUCUUAGCUAAUUGAUAAGAAACUUGAAUUUCAUUUCAUUUCAUUUCUUCCCCCUCUUCCUCAAUUUUGUUCCUAUUUUUCUUUUUCUUUUGUUUAAUUA